ACUGUAAAUAGUGCUGUAAUGUUACAGUAUAAUUUUGUUGUUACUGUACAAUAUUUCGGGGUGAAAAUAUCAGGAGCAAGAGGAGAGAACCGCUGUGACCUUUAACCGAUUAUUUAGGUUUAGAAACGUUAUUAUUGCUGGUUUUUCCCCCCUAAAAGUUCGUAUUUUAUUUCGAGAUUGAGUAGCAGUAUUAUAUGGCUAAACAGCUUCAACAGUCAGCGGACCAAAUGGAGGACAGAGAUUCAGAAUGUCCUCACCCAAAUCGAGGAGGAAUCCUCCAACCAAGAUCUCUCUGCAAUUCUGGUCAUGAUGGCACAUUUCAAGGAAAAAUAAGAGGCUCUUUUCCUUUUGGCUGAUGCCAAGGUAGAAGAGGCGCGUGACCGUUUGAUGGAGGUGACCAGGUGUAACACUGAGCGAGUUCUCUGCAUGACGACUCUUAUGGACCAGAACCGAGAACUGGAGCGUAAAAUCAACGCUAGCCAGAGGAAAAUGGGCAACAAGUCCCAGGACUACAGGAGAGGUGUAGACCAGGUGGAGAUCCAGAGGCUCAAGCAGCUGGUGAAGACAGAAUCACAGCAGGCUGAGGCACUCCGGAGAGAGAUUGGCCUCCUGUCCCGUAAAGGAGGCCACGUCCUGCCCCCAGCCCCGGCUGCCCCCGAUCACCCCCUUGCCCAACCCCACAGGACGCACCAAAACCAGCACCCAAGGACCGGGGCGUCCCCUCAGCCAGGUUAA